CUUGAUCAGAGUUUAGCACGACGAUUAUUCUCAGCGGACGGUGCGAUGGCGGAGAUGGCCGAUCUCUCCGUCUCCCUGUCCUUACUGCUGCUGAUUGUAGUUUUUAGCGAGGUGGCGAGGAGGACGGCUUUAUAUCUUUUCCAGAAUCGAAACUGGAUCAUCUAUGUGCUGGAGCUGAUUUCCACUUUUCAGCUGUGCGCGUGCACGCACGAGUUAAAGCUGCUCGCGGAGGUGCGCGGACUGGACCCGCAGCUCGCGCUGACCCUCACGUACCUCAUCUCGGUGGUGCACGGGCUUUCGUUCCACGGCGCGAUCUGUAAUCCGACCGGCACUCUGGAGCAGCUCUGGCACGGGGCUUUGACGCGAGGAUGCGCACUGACGCGAAUCUCGUGCCAGCUGAUCGCGGCGGAGGCGGCGCGGCGCGUCAUGCCCCACGCGUGGGCACUGGCGCUCUCUGACCUGCACGCGCAACACUCAGCGACGGGCUUUAAAUGCGCGAGCAGCCCCGUUAACGCGCCUCUGCUGCAGGCCGCCGCGGUGGAGCUGAGCUGCGCGUUUGUGAUGCACACCGCGGUGUCUAAAGUGGAGAAGGUGGAUGAGAAAUAUCGGGUUCCUGCGAUAGCUGCAGUCAUCACUAUAUUAGUCUAUGCAGGUGGUCAUCUCACCGGCGCCGUGUUCAACCCAGCGCUGGCCUUCUCAGUGCAGUUCCCCUGUCCUGGAAACAGUUUUGCGGAGUACAGUUUUGUGUACUGGAUUGGACCAGUACUGGGUAUGACGGGCUCUCUGCUGCUUUUUGACAAAGCGAUCCCUGCUAUUUCAGGAAAACGCACAAAUCCAAAGCAACUGAACUCUAAUGGACUCAAGGUGAAAAAGAUGAAGUGAAUUAAGGCCUUAUGACAGAGACUGACUUCUCAUGCAUAAGUGCUUCUGUACUGUGAACACACACUGUAAUUCUCCAGCUCUUCUCCGAGCAAUAACCAGGGUUUCUGCAGGUUUUAAAAUGUCUUAAUUCAAGAUCUUAAAUCAGAGCAGAAAGUUUUAAAUUCAUAACGUCAUGGUAUUAAAUGAUGCAUGCGCUGUAAAAAAUGAAUAUCUUUCUCAGUGUUUUGUUAGUGUUUCUAAUACAAAUAAUUAAACAUCCUUAAAUCAAGAUACAUUUACUUGAGAUGCAAACUGAACAUAUGAAGUCUUGUUUUCUGAGAAAUUAAAAUUAAGUGAGUUUAUGGUUAAAUCAAGAACAAACGUCUGUCAGUGGGGAACCAAAAUCGUAAAUUCACUU